CGGACUCCAUAGUUUUCGCCAAAUGGCUGAUUUGUGUUCACGCGAAAUCGUUUGUUGUCUUCAACCGUUAAGUUUCACAUUUUCAUCUUCUGAAAGGCGAGUUUUUUUCCCCAUGACAUUUUGUUGAUCUAUUCGUAGUUUAUGUAAAAAUGUGUCCCGGUUUGGGAAUUGUCGGUGCUGCUUUAACAGUCUGUUCCGCGACGUUAACUGGUUAUUUCACGCGAAUGCAUCUCAGACCAAGUUCUAAAUGAAACAAAACGCGUUUGUUUUACGUGCAUUCUCUUUGUGCGCUCCGUUUGCAUGCGUUUGAUGAAUUAUUUUCCUACAUCCUCCUUUUACAUGCGGUCCUUGCCGGUAGAACAUCAGACUGCUUGCCGACUAACUUUGCUAAGCUAACAAGCUGCUGUUGUAGAAAUGGAGAUCCACGUCUCGAGCCUUUUCCCCGAGAUCUUAGCCAUGAUUUUCAACUACCUAGACGUAAAGGGCAAAGGCAGAGUCGCGCAAGUAUGCACGGCGUGGAGAGACGCCUCUUACCACAAAUCCGUCUGGAGGGGAGUAGAAGCGAAACUCCACCUUAGAAGAGCAAACCCAUCACUCUUCCCCAGCCUCCAGACCAGAGGGAUCAAGAAGUUGCAGAUCCUCAGCCUAAGGCGCAGCCUGAGCUAUGUCAUUCAAGGGAUGCCCAACAUCGAGAGCCUUAACUUGAGCGGAUGCUACAAUUUGACAGAUAACGGUCUUGGUCAUGCAUUUGUGCAGGACAUACCCUCAUUGAGAAUACUUAACCUCAGUCUUUGCAAACAGAUCACAGAUUCCAGUUUGGGCAGGAUUGCGCAGUACCUGAAGAACCUUGAACUGUUGGAUCUGGGUGGAUGCAGUAAUAUCACUAACACAGGGUUAUUGCUCAUUGCCUGGGGCCUGCACAAUCUCAAAAGCCUCAACCUGAGGAGUUGCAGACACGUGUCAGAUGUUGGCAUCGGGCAUCUGGCUGGCAUGACGCGCAGUGCUGCGGAGGGAUGCCUCAGUUUGGAGCAUCUGACUUUGCAGGACUGUCAGAAACUGACUGAUCUGUCACUCAAGCACAUCUCCAGGGGCUUAAAGAAGCUGAAAGUCCUCAACCUGAGCUUCUGCGGUGGCAUCUCAGAUGCUGGCAUGAUCCAUCUGUCUCAUAUGACUCAGCUCUGGACUCUUAACCUGCGAUCAUGUGACAAUAUCAGUGACACAGGCAUCAUGCAUCUUUCAAUGGGCACACUGAGGCUGUAUGGGUUGGAUGUGUCAUUUUGUGACAAAGUGGGUGACCAGAGUCUGGCGUAUAUCGCCCAGGGCCUGUACCAACUCAAGUCCCUGUCACUUUGCUCAUGCCACAUCAGCGAUGAUGGAAUCAACAGGAUGGUGCGGCAAAUGCAAGAACUGAAGACGUUGAACAUUGGACAGUGUGUGCGUAUCACAGACAAAGGACUUGAGCUCAUAGCUGAUCACUUGACUCAGCUGACCGGGAUUGACUUGUACGGCUGUACCAAAAUAACAAAAAGAGGACUAGAGAGGAUUACACAGCUACCCUGCCUUAAAGUGUUGAACUUGGGACUUUGGCAAAUGACAGAGGUUAAAGGGUUAGGUGAUGCCUCUGAGAUCUUGCCAUGCUACACCUCUUAAUGUUAACACUACCUCUAUAUUGCCAGUGAUGUCUUCAUUUUCUAGAUGUCUAGAGACAUUAUGUAUAAGACAAGGUAUUUUUAAGAUGCAGUCUCAGAACCAUCAUGUACUUUGUUAAUGAGCCCAUUUUGAAAAAGGGGCUUUACGUAGUUCAAAUUGAAUCCGCAAUAAAAACACUGAACAGCCUUCCUAAUUCUAUAGUGUGAAGAGUGAUAGUUCCCUUGAAUGCCUUUGUGUUUAUUUCUGUACUUUGUUUUAGAGCUUCAUAUUGAGGUGAGAGAAUAUGAAAAGUAUUUUCUCAUUUCCACUGGCAAACCCAUUUUGUUGCUGCCUAUUAAGUAUUUAUCCUGAAAUACCAGCAUUAUUAUGUAAAAUGGAGAAAAAAUGUACCGUUUCUGGAUGAGGAAGUAAACCUUGUGCCGGUUUAUUUUGUGUAAUUCCUCCCUGGUAAGAUGGAACAUAUGCAAUUUAAGCUUUGUUAUAAGAAACAAAAAGGCCAGUUUGCUUGUAAAAGACUUAAUAAAUGUCUGUUUAUUUUCCUAUGAUA